UAUCGGAAACACAUACCAGAAACACAUAUCAGCAACACACCAGCAACACACAUCAACCUCCCCGUCCACAACUUUAUCUCGCGCACCAAACGCGUCUCAAACAAGGACAGACAAAAGACUUCAUUCCUUCAAAUCUGCCUCACCACCGCCAUCACUCCCUGGUUCACCGAGCACCACCACCACCACCUCCACCAACACCACCACCGUAAGGCCGAGAGAGACAAGCAGUCGGACAGUGGUGGUGAUGGUGGUGGUGGUGGAGGUGGUGGUGGUAGGAUCGAAGGCGGGAGUCUAGACCACCAGCGGGAGGAGGAUGUUGUCAGUAGCGAAUCAGGCGUCGAGGGGAGAGGACGUGCGCGCAGUGUUGCCUCAGUCUUGGCACUCCCGCCGCCCCUUCAGUGCCCGUGUGUGCCUCUGUUACGGUCACGAGCCCCCGCCCGAGGACCAGCGACACCCCAGGUACAGCACGGGCAAAGGCACCAACUCUAAGGCGUGAGAGGGUGCCAGACAGCGCGGGUGGCGAGGACAGCGGUGCCCCAGUUAGCAGGGUCAGCAGAAUUCCUUCACAGCAGUCAGCGGGCAGCAGGUGGGCGGCAUGGCGGAGGGUUCGAAGUGGUGAGCAGCUGCGUCAGCAGACAACAGCAUCUCCAGGCCCACCCACGCCUCAAGGCAGCUUCCUGCGGGCGUUCCGGAGUAGGAAGAGGUGUGGAGGCAUGGCUGGCAGUCAUGACCUGCUCCGCUGGUGAGGGUGGCCAUGCAGGGAGAGAAGGUGGGAGGGAGGGUGGCGACAUGGGUGGCGGGGGUGGUGGGGGUGUGGGCGGGGAUUGCAGCCCUGGGAGCCCUUGUGGCCGCCCUCCUGUCCCCGCAGUGGGCGCUGGUGCGGGAACCCAUGAUGGUGGGAGAGGAACCUCCCGCGCGGGAGGUACAGGAAGCGUGGCAGGGGCGGGGCGGGGCGGGCGAGGGCCGUGACCCCCUGCAGCAGCGGCCGGGCGAGGUCAGCCCCAUCCUCACCACCGUCACGUUCCGCCUGGGUCUGUGGACGGCCUGCCCGCACAUCAACACCUCGCACCUCCACGCCAGUCAGCACCUCCACAUAGCGGCGCCCCAGUGCAGUAGUGUGAGCUAUGGGUGGCGACCGGUGACCCACAAGGAUCUCAAACUGCCAGCGCCCGCCCCUCUGAUGCAGACCGUCCUAGCCAGAAUGAGACUGUCGACAAUGUUCCUGGUGGGGGCGUGCGGGCUGCUGGGGGCCGGGUGUCUGCUGGCGGUGGUGGGCCGCUGCUGCUACUCUCACGCCGCCCUCCUGGCAGCCCUCCUGUACUCCCUGGCAGGCCUGAGCGUGGGAGUGGGCGUGGUGUGGUUCGUGUCCGUGGUGUCGGAGGAGUACGGCGUGGCAUCAGGGCGUGGCACCAGCUGGUCCGCCAUGUACGCCUACCGGUACGGAUGGUCCCUGAUGGCGGCGGGCGGCGCGGGGGUGUCAGCCAUGCUGGCCGCCCUGCUGACAGGGCACGCCCAUCUCGGGCGGCACGCACCCCUGCUGGGGACAAGGACGAGCACCGAGGAGAGCCUGGCGCGACCGCUGCUUCGGUGCCGCAGUGAAGGAUGUCUGGGACAGCGGUCCUUCACCUCAGACACUAUCAGGACCUACCUCACCUGCGACUCCCGCCGCCACGCCUCGCGCUCCUCCCACGUGUCCCAGCCGCCCUCCCUCCACCAGUGUUCUUCCAUCGUCGACCUGACGCGGCCGCAAGAACACCCUCCGUCGCAAUCCGCCUCCCACAUGGCCUCGCGACGCUCUUCCCGCGCCACCGUGCUGAGUGACGACACGCAGCACCUGCAGCAGCACCCGCCCAAGGAACAGCAGCACACGCAGACACAAAAGCGGCAAGAACAGGAGGGCCAGCAGGAACAACAGGAACAGGACCAGAUACAGCAGAAGGAACAGCAACAGCAACAACAGAAACAGCAACAGCAACAACAACAACAGCAACAACAGGGGGGAGGGCGUGCCUGGCCGGGGGAGCCGUCCCGAGUCAUCAUAGAAGCCCCCCAAGGAGUCCUGCCCCCCGUGGUUCCCCCUCCCCCUCUCAGCUCCUCUUCCUCCUCCCCCUCCCCGCUGGAUCCACCUCUGCCGCUCCCAGCUGUGAUCCCCACCACCAGCAGUGGCAGCGGCAGGUCAGGGGGCGCGGGGCGGCUCGCCAAGGUGGAGCCUCCGCGGGUACCAGAAUACAGCUCCUUCAAGGGUGACUACACGCGCUCCCUGCCCCGCGAGGCCCGCCAGAUGGCAGUGUUCGAGCGACGCGGAGGGCAACGCUCUGCCACCCUCUCCCGACCCCCUUCCAAGGUAUCCUCCGAAGUAUGAGGUCAAGAUCCUCCCAGGAAGUGCCCCGCCCACCCCUUGGGGGAUGAGGAGGAGACGUGGGUGUGAAGCCACCCCCCCCCUGCGUGCACCUGCCUCGCCUCCUCCCUUAUUGUAGUGUCCAGUGUACGGAUCGUAAAGGCUGGACAAUGUAACUCUCCAAGUACAACCGGAAGCUGUAGUGUAUAGGGAAUCCGGCGGGUGUCUCCUGGGUGGUAUUGUCAAUGAUGCAGCGCACCGCACGCACGCACGGACGGUACAGCAGCACAGGACGUGUGAAUCCUUGUGUUGCCGUGUGGACCAUGGACACGGGGAAGGCACGAGGGGAGUAUUUUGUCGGCUGGAAGUACUGCAGGACACAGCCUGCAUGGCUACUCACACCAAACGAUCUUAACUAGUCAACUCAAGAACGAAGCUAUUUUCUCUCCCUUUUUGCAGAAAAAGCAACAAGCAAAGUAAAACCAUUCCGGUGGACCUUGUGAGUUUGAGUACAGCCAUUUUGAGGAGAGGAGUUGAUACGAAUGUCUUUUGAUUCGACUCUACAGUGGUGUGCUGCUGCAGUGGUGCCGCUCACGGAGAGCAGACUGGUAGGAUGGAGGAGGGGGCGCUGCCUACCACCUAAGCCUACGCCAUCACUCAGGCCAUGGGUGUUAUUUAGUCCACGCUGUCGGAUCGUUUAUAAGGCAAUAUGCAACCAUUACGUAGUAAGCUAAGCUGUCCGUACCAUAAAACACAAUUACGCCUCUAAGGGUAUAGUGGCUCGUGUGCGGCACUGCACGUGGCCACGAUGCAGGGAGAAGCACAAACAUUACAAACACUUUCCUCAACAGAGCGCCAGCACAAAGCGGAAGGAUCGUCACCGUAUGAAGCCUCCAUCAUCGUUCUCUUGGUGCGUGCAAGUCUAGUGUUUGGGCGCGCAGAACGUACCGAACGAACUAUAAAUAUAGCCAACGAGGUGAAGUGUAGUGAAUAUAUGGACUGACCGAAGACUACGGAACUACGUCUGCUGUAUAAACACACACACACACACACACA